CACAAAUUUAUUCCAAUCGUUGUAGCAAGCCGCACCGGACGCGCCUUUCUGCAGUGAACUUAAGCUUGCCCGUAUUCGUGUUUUGCUCUUGACAGUGAACUUCCUGUGCGCUUGUUUGAAGUGUGUCCCCCUAUCCGUCCCGGUGCGUAAGUAAAAAUGGCUGACGAAAAGAAGGGAUCCGAAUCGGAGCAUAUCAACCUGAAAGUUCUGGGCCAGGACAAUGCCGUCGUGCAGUUCAAGAUCAAGCGGCACACACCGCUGCGUAAGCUGAUGAACGCCUACUGCGACCGAGCGGGUCUGUCGAUGCAGGUGGUCCGCUUCCGUUUCGAUGGACAGCCGAUCAACGAAAACGAUACGCCGACGACGCUCGACAUGGAGGAAGGUGACACGAUUGAGGUGUACCAGCAGCAGACCGGAGGCUUCUAAACACAUCCAACCCAAGCGGCACAACAAACACACCCCCCUCCCAGCCAGCGGGACGGAGGGUCAUAGACGUACAGACGUAAUUUUAUACUUUCGAUCUGGCGCAACAACAUUUAUUCGUUCUAGAGCAGCCCAAGCCAGCCACCCAUGAUCCUAGACUAUCUCUGACGUGUGUUGCGGGUGGACAUAAUUUUAAGUUAUAUUUUAGUUUACACGUACCCCGCCCCCCGGACCUUAGCAGCAGUGCUUAUUCGGUAUUGUUCAUUUUCAUUCCCGAUGAAAUCGGCCGCAGCACCGCUUGAUAUGAAAAUCCGUAGCGCACCAUAAAUGGAGCGGGGAUGAAUGGUGUUCUUUUUUUAUUUUUAACGAAGUGUGUUUGCACCAGUUAACGGCAAAUUACAAUCGUUCGUCUCAUGUCAAACGAAUUGUGAGUGCGCGCCAGGACUCAUCGAGGGAGGUCUUUCCAUGUAUCAAUUUAUUAAUUACGUGUAUGUAUGCGUGUGCGUGUACGGAUAAUCAAAGGUAGAAGCAUUAUUUAUAACCGAAACAGCUCGAUGGGUUUAGUCGAUGCUAAUGGAUUAUUCAGGUGUAAUCACGACAAAAACCACUUUUAAAAAAAAAAAGUCAGCAAACAUGCAUACACACAUUCACUCAGACAUACGAUUUAUCCAAACGUGCAGAAACACAUUUAUCUGACAGGAAAAUCUGCGCAUUUUAUCCAUCCCCCACAAAAAUAAGAAUCUGAAUUGUACGAUACAUGUUAUUUGAUAAAUAAUAAAAACCAAACAACAAAACAAGGAAA